CUAUGGUGAGCAUGAGGAAGUGGCUGAGUGCUCUGAUAUUUAAAACAGCGUCACAAUCAAGGUUCUGCUAAAGCACUGACUGUUUCUCCUGAAGGACUUGGUCUGCUUCUAUCCUGAAGGCAACAUGCACCUCCUGAUAUCCUUCUCUGUCUGCCUUCUCCUGGCUGUGACUGCCGUGGCUCAAAAACCUCAUCCUUGCAAGUCUCCACCUCUUAUGGUUGGACGUGCCAGCGUGAUGUAUCCAAAAGGGCAGCUGUUUAUUUACGAGAGAUUUAGCUAUGACGCUUGGGGGCAGAGGAUAAGAGUCAGAGCACAAGGGGUAGACCAUGACCACCCAUUCCAUGAAGAUGUCCUGAUGCUCUUCCGAGAGCGCGUGAUGUAUGAAAUAUCCUACCGGAACCACACCUGUAAGAAGAGGGCCCUGAAAGUGCGCUUUCAGCCUUCAGAAAUCCCCCAAAAUGCCACGCUCCAGGCCCAGGUCAUCAUUGGAAGCUCCUCUCGUCCCGGACAGGGGCUGCUGGUCAAUAAUUGGAUUGGAGAUAUUCCUGAACAGCAGGCAAAGUACUCCAUGACGUUCACUGAGUUUGGGUGCCUUCCCAUCACGAGUCUGUACCACACUGAUCAGACCGGCUGGAUUCUUUCAAGCUUCUUCGACCUCGUGGUCGGGAUUGAGGACCCUCAGGAAUUCAUUCCUCCCAAAUUCUGUGACAAAACAAAGCCAGUGGACGAGGGAGAAGAGGUGGUGACUGACUUCUUUGAAGCUCUUCUAAAAAAGGAUGACCACUAAGAGAAAACUAUGGCCUAAAUUAAAGUGCCUCUACAUGUUUUUAACAAUCAUUUCAAAGUCAAUAUAUUGCACUGAAUAAGUGCUGCCUUGCACAUUUGAUUAAUAAGAGAAUUUAAUUCUUUGUUGAUUAUUUUAAUCUUGACAAAAAUGAUGGAGACUAUUGAUUAUUAUUAAUAAUGAUAAAAACUUGCACUUUCUGCAGUCUAAUGAAUAUAAGACAACUUACAACACAUGAUACUCUUAGCUUGAGGGAUGACUAAUUUGUUGCUUUUGAGUAUGAACCUAUACUUAAUAUACCUAUAUAUCUUAAUUACCCUGAAGGGACUCAUUUUGAAAUAAUUCUCUUGGUCGUUGUAAGUAAAAAGAGAAUGUAAAUAACUUAAAA